GUCAGAGCCACCAGGUCCGUCCCUCUCUCUCUGUCUGUCCUUCUGUCUUCCAUUCAUCCCCCUGCAGCGGCCGUUUUGGUUCCGUCAGCAGCAUCUCCAUCCACCGCUCCGCUCCCCAGACCAGCGAGGACCGCCGCCGCCGGGCCUGAACCCGUGGCGGGGCUGCGAGGGAAAAUGGAGCUUGCUAGAGUACAACAGAGUGAUAUGCUAAUGUGUUUGCAUCAACAUGGAGCCUUCCCACAGCAAGCACUGGAGCCGAGCAUCUGCCCAGGAGACAUGAAUGAUUUUGGUGUCCGUGUGCUCACCAGUUGACCAACAGGAAAAUCUGCUGAAGACAUGUUGUCUCAAGAUGAAGAUUGAUACCAGCCUGACUAUGCCCCAGCUCUCAGAUGUUCUGUCUCAAGCCGGCCUCCAGUUUGCCGUGGCGACUGAGGACGACUAUGAUGACAUCAUGGCCAUGAGCCAGGACAUCUACGGAGGCCUCGACUACAUUCCCACCAGAUACACGAGCUGGCUGCAGGAAGCUAACCGCACUGUGAUACUAGCCCGCAAACAGGGAAAAGUGAUUGCUCUGGAGUCAGUGUGUGUGAUUGACGGUGGUGACACCAUGUUGGUGGAAGGCCUCCGUGUCGCCCCGCAGGAAAGGGGCAAAGGCGUGGCAGGAGUUCUGCUGCGCUUUUGCUCUGAGCUGGUUAAAUCCAAGUACCCGGGGGUCAAAGUGACUCGCCUGACCCGUGACGAUCAACUCGGACCCAAGGACUUCCAGAAGUACCGCGUCAUAACUAAGCAGGGCAUUCUGCUGGUGCGGUUCAGAGCUGAAGAACUCAAACAGCAACUGUCUGAACUCAGUCUGACUGGAGGCCUCCAUCCCUCCAGCCCUUCCCCUGUGCGUCUCGAUCAAACGACCAUAAAGCGGCUGUAUCUCACCACCGACCUGAUGCAAGGGGUCCUGCCCAACGCCACCAUCAUUCAAGACUGGCAGCCUUUCAAGCUGCUGCCCAGUAACAUGGCUAUCCUCCUGAAGAAGGACAUCGACUGGAUGGUGGAUGACGUGUCCACUCCCACCGUGGCCAGCCUUUGCACCUUCCCGUUCAGGGUGCCCAUUGGAGAUGACUGAGGCAGCAGCGACAUCUCUGGAUUCGGAGGCAUCUGGGAUGGACCAUCACACAGUGAUGGAUUGUGAUCAGAUGAAUCAGUGUUCCAGAUGUUUUUUGGAACAGUGAAGCAGACAAGUGGAUCAGUGCGGCGUCUGCAGUAAUGUGGACUCUGUACAGGUCUGUUGUGGUGAAGAACGAGUUGAGCCAAAAGGCAAGACUCUGUUUACCAGUCGAUCUACGUUCCUCAUCUAUGGUCACCAACUAUGGGUAGAGACCGAAAGAAUAAGAUCGAGGAAACAAGCAAGCCGAAAUGAGUUUCCUCCAACUGGAGCCUCCCUUAGAGAUUAAGGGAGACGUUCGGUCACCCAAGAGAGACUUUGAGUAGAGUCUCCGCUCCUCCACGUGGAGAAGAGCCAGCCGAGGAGGUUUACACACCUCCGGAGGAUGCCACCUGGACACGUCCCUCAGGAGGUGUUUUGGUCAUGUCCAACCAGGUGGAGGUCCUGGCACGGACCCAGAAGACGCUGGAGAGAUCAUAUCUCUGGGCCGGAUGGGGAACGUCUUGGUAGUCCCCCGGAAGAGCUGGAGGAGGUGACCAUGAAGAUAGAGACCUGGACCUCUUUGCUUAGACUGCUGCCCCCCUGAAUCUGGACAAGCAGAAGUGAAUGGACGGAUGGAUGGAUGGAUGGAUGGAUGGAUGGAUGGAUGGAUGGAUGGAUGGAUGGAUGGACGGACGGACGGACGGAUGGAUGGACGGAUGGAUGGAUGGAUGGACGGACGGACGCAGCUUGCUGAGAUUUUAGAUCAACAUCUGCUGCCCUCAGGAGCACAUCUUUUCCAUGGACGUCCAUGAAUUUUUCAACAAGACGAUCUGACAUGACUGAGGAAGACGAGGGUCCAGGUUCUGCACUGGUCUGACUGUAGACCUGAUCUGUACCCAGUAGAGAAUGUUGGAGAAGUUUGAAAUAAAAAAGUUAACAAUAAAAAACCCAUUUAGGGGUGUUUCCUGGCGGAAGAGGUACCUGAAACUCUUCAUGGCUUGGUCUCGCCAAUGCAAGACUGUGAGAAGGAAUGGCGACAUUAUUACGUGUUUGAAGUUUCACUGUCACAACUGCUUUUGUGUUGGAGGUCUGAAACACAAACAUAUCUUGUAUAUUAACAAAUGAUAUGAUGAAAUAUCUUCAAAGUGUCUGCAAAGACACAGAAGCCAGAAUAAAUGUAAGAAUGAC